AUGUUUGAUUUGAACAAUCUUCCAGACGAUGAAUACGAUGAAAAUAUUAUUGAUGAAACAUUGAAUAAUGAGCCUUUUAUUGGUCAAACUUUUAGCACUUUUCAAGAGGCAUUUGUUUUCUAUGAAAAUUGUGCGAAACAAUAUGGAUUUACAGUUCGCAAAGAUCGGUCUCAUAAAAGAAAUGAUACGACAGUUAGACGUGAUAUUUGUUGUCAUCGUGAAGGAAAGAAGCGAUUAAAACUAGUUGAUAUUUCUAAGAAUCAACGAAAUAGGGGCUCAAUAAAAUAUGUCCAUAAUUUAUUUGCUAGAGUGAGAAGAGCACUUGGAGAUAAUGAUGCAAUGGAACUUAUAAAUUAUAUGGAAGCUUCAAAAGAAAAAAAUAAUAAGUUUCAUUAUGAAUACACCAUUGAUGAAGAUAUGAGGCUAGAAAAUAUAUUCUGGUGUCAUCCUCAAAGCUUCGAUUGGUAUGAAAAAUUUGGGGAUGUAAUUGUAUUUAAUACCACUUACAAGGUCAAUGCGUAUGACAUGCCAUGUGCACUUUUCGUUGGGAUUAAUAAUCAUGGAAAAACUGUUCUGUUUGCAAGUGCACUUCUUCGUAAUGAGACUGUCAAAACAUUUACGUGGUUGAUGAAGACUUUUGUGGCCAUCAUGAAAAAACCAUCAAAAACAAUCAUCACUGAUCAAGAUCCAUGGAUGACUGAAGCAAUUGCAACUGAAAUGCCAACUACAAAACACAGCUUUUGUAUAUGGCAUAUCACUACUAAAUUUAGUUGUUGGUUUGCAGCUCUUCUCCGUACUCAGUACCAAAAUUGGUGUGGUGAUUUCUAUACACUUUAUAAGAUGACUUCUAUAGAAGAAUUCGAGCAUAGUUGGCCAUUAAUUGUUUCAAAGUAUAACUUGCAAAAAAACAAUCAUGUGCAAGGUUUAUACAAAUUUAGGAAGUCAUGGGCUCUCGCACAAGUUGAUUUAGCCGUUGAAGAAAUUGGAAUUCGCGAGGCGAAAGACAAAAUGUCAACUACACUUACACAUGUUCCUUUAAAGACAAAAUCUCCGUCGAAAGAACAGGCUUAUGGAAUUCUUACACCAUUUGCUUUUAAUAAGUUUCAAGUUGAAUUUCAAAGAGCGAACCAGUAUUCGAUUGUACGCGUUGAAGGUAACGACUUUAUUAUACGAUACUUUGAUGGUGAAAAUCAUAAAAAUCAUCAGGUAUUUUGGGAUGGGCACAUUACUUUGUGUAGUUGCAAGAAUUUUGAGUUUUGGGGAAUACUUUGUCGUCAUAUAUUUCGGGCACUUCUUCACAAGGAUUGUUUUAAGAUACCACCUAUAUACUUCCCUUUGCGUUGGAGUCUAGAUUCUUUUCAGAGUGGCAGUGCAAGGCAACCUUUAUCACCAAAUGUGUCAUUGACUCAAACAAGUAUUGCUCAAGGAAUUGAUUUAGAAAAAAGGUAUAACGUUUUGUGCCCCCCAAAAUCAGCAACAAAAGGUCGUCCAAAAAAGAGGCGUAUGAAGGGUGGAAAGGAAUUGGGAAAUAAGCCACGUAAUAGAUGUUCCAUAUGCAAGGAACUAGGACAUACAAAAAUAAAGUGUGAUAACAAGGAGAAUAAUGUUGCUGUUGAAAACCUCUCUUCAAAUAAGCCACAAAACAAGAGAAAAGAAAUGGCUAGUGAUCUUGGGCUAAAUCCAGUGUUUAGUUUGAAGUACUAA